AUGUACGGGGAAAAUUCUCUCUGUUUACCUUACUCGCAUCGAAAUUCAGUUGAUGCUGGCCAUGGCACUGACUGGGAUUUUAUCUUUCAGUCUUUGCUAAUCUGUGGUCCCUCGGUUGUCUUUCUUCUUUGUGCACCAUGGACAUGUCUUCAGUUGCGCAAAGAAAGCAUCAAAGUUCGCCAAAACUACAGAGGUUUCUUGAAACUGUUGACGUCCUUGGUGCUUCUUGCGUUGCAAUUAUCCCGUCUCGUACUCGAACUUCUCGCAGACCCCCAUUCUAUUCGUUAUGUCUCGGCGACAGCGCUGGAGUUUGCGUGCUCCCUUGCCAUUUCCUUCCUCUCGUUUGUCCAUCACGGUCGAUCUAUCAGUCCUUCCGACCUGCUCAAUGUGUAUCUGGCAACCUCUAUCGGCAUCGACAUCGCCAAAGCAGUGCUCUUAUCCAUUACUACUGCUCACGAGUGCAAUGUUUCAAUGCUGAGUAUCGCUCUGAUGGCAGUCAAGACGGUACUCUUGGGGUUGGAAACGCAGAGCAAACGGUCCAUUCUACGUGAGCCAUGGACCAGCCAGAACCUGUCCUUCGAAGAGACAGACGGUGUUUUCAGCAGAAUCACCUUUUGGCGGGUCAACGCCUUGCUGCAGAGAGGUCGCAAGCAGUUGCUGAAGCUGGAUGAUCUGCCCACGUUGCAUAGCGAGCUAUCAUCAAGCCUGCUGAGGGAGCGGAUGAGGGUUUGUUGGGAACGUCGAUCAAAACCAGAGGGAAGAUAUGCCCUUGUGGUGGCGGUUUUCAAAUGCACCUUCUGGCAGAAUAUGCGUGUUGCUCCUUAUGUCGCAGUGCAGGUUUUCCUUCGCUAUGCUCAGCCGCUUUUGAUCACGUAUAUGAUCACAUUUGUCAGUGAUCCCCCUCCAGCAGGGGAUGCAUACUGCCUCGAAUCAUUCAAAUUGAUCCUCUCAGUGAUGGUGAUUUAUGUUGGAUUGGCUAUCGUCGAUGGCUUGCGAUCAAUUGCUGCUCGCAAAGUACGUAUCGCAGUCCGAGCAUGCCUGAUCGGCGUUCUCCAUGAUAAGGCUUUGAAAAGCAUUGCCAGCACAUCGGAUGAUUCAUCUGCAAUCACUCUGAGUAGCAGUGAUGUCGAGGAUGUUCAGUGGUCGAUCGGCUACAUCCAUACCAUCUGGUCGUCUUUUCUUUCCCUUGGUUUGGGAAUGUAUAUGCUCGCUUCAAGACUCGGUUGGGCGAGUGUGAUUCCGAUCCUUCUGGUGUUAUUCACAUCGCGAGGAGGAAAAUACGUUUCCCAACAUUUUGCAGGCAAGCAACGGGCAUGGAACGAUGCCACACAAGCCCGAAUCGGCAUCACCAAGACUGUUUUGGAGCAAAUGAAAAGCAUCAAGAUGUGUGGCUUUUCUCGCGCCAUGGAAACCAGGAUCCAAAACGCCCGAGAGAAUGAAAUCAAGGCCAGUCUUAUCACGUACUGGCUAGAUGCGAUUCUGAUAGCUUGUGUCACCUUCUUGAAUGUAGUCGGGCCAGCGAUUACACUUGCAAUCUACGCCAUCCAUUCGAAACUCACUGGCGGAGCUCCCCUUGAUACAAAUACGGCGUUUACUUCCUUUGCUAUCAUUCAAAUGGUCACUGCCCCUGCGAAUUCAAUUAUCCUGAGCGUACCAGAUCUUGUCGCUGCCCUCGCCGGAUUUGACCGGUUGCAGAAAUACCUUCUUGAGCCUUCCCAUGAAGACACUCGGAGAAUCCUGACAGAGGCAGGUCCAGAUGGGGUGAACAAGAUAGACAGCGUUGUGACAGCUACAUCUAUUGAUUCACAGGACGAAGAAAACAAUCGAACCUUCUCCAUCGUCGUCAAGAACGCAACCAUCCGGCCAUCGCCAACAGCCCGAGAACCUGUCCUUCAGGGGAUCAACAUUCAGGUUCAAAAGGGAUGGCUCGUCAUCUGCGCCGGGGUCACAGGUUCCGGCAAGACGACACUGGCCAGAGCAAUUCUCGGGGACGUGCAGCCUGACAGCGGUAGCAUCUCCGUGUCCUCCAAAAACAUUGCCUGCUGUACGCAGUCCUCGUGGCUAAGAAACGGAACCAUCCAAGAGAUCAUUGCUGGGCCGCCAGGGUCGCAGAUCACAGAUGUGAAAUGGUACCAACGAGUCAUCCAUGCGUGCUGUCUCGAGGAGGAUUUCCAGCAAUUGCCUCGGGGCGAUCAAACAAUGGUUGCCAGUGGCGGCACCUCGCUUUCGGGAGGCCAGAAGCAGCGAGUUGCUCUCGCUCGUGCGGUUUACUCUCGAUUGGAUAUUCUCGUCCUUGACGACAUCUUCAGUGCACUGGAUACUCAAACGGAGCAGACAAUCGCUCAGCGACUCUUUGGACAACACGGUCUCCUUCGAGAACUUGAAAAAACCGUUUUUCUCAUCACACAUGCCACUCAUUUACUCCCGCUUUCUGACCUGGUGGUUAUUCUCAACAAGGAUGGCCAUGUUUCGAAACAAGGGCCGUGGGAUGAACUGAAAGGCCAAGCUGAAUCUAUCAGCAGAAUGAUCGACUCGAAACAAAACGAACAGAAAGUGAGCUCUUCAUCCGAAGCCAAGACACAGAACAAGGCAGCAGCAGUGGCUUCUUUACGAUCCGCUGAACGAUCAAUGGAGAUGGUGAGAAAAACAGGCGACAGCGCCAUCUACAAACAGUACAUCAACGCAGUAGGGAAACCGCAGAUGCUAGUCACCACGCUUGUCAUGGCGUCGUCGGCAGGGUUCAGCUUGCUGAUCCAGAACUGGCUGCGAUGGUGGACCGCAGAUGGUCAGGCAGAGCAGCACACUUGGUUCUAUGUCUCUGGCUACCUCCUCCUGGCUCUUGCCCACUGGGUGUCGCUGGCGGGGAUCAACGCAACGCUGCUUCUGAUUGUGCCCAGCUCCGGCCGAGCUCUACACGGCCAACUGCUCUCCACGGUGAUGAAAGCUCCGUUGUCGUUUUUCACCUCCUCGGCAGAGGAUACCGGCACCACCCUGUCCAGAUUCAGUCAGGACAUGAAACAUAUCGACCGCCGGUUGCCAACGCAAGUGGCGCGAAUGGGCGGCCAGGCUUUCAAGCUGCUGGCGCAGUUUCUCCUGCUGUACACGGCCGCACAGUCCUCCCUGCUCGUCACGCUCCCCAUCCUGUUGGCGGUCGUCUAUGUUGUCCAAAAGGUCUACCUGUACACCAGCCGGCAGCUUCGCUGGCUCGACCUGGAAACCAACUCCCUCACCAGCACCAGCUUCCUGGAUACCGUGAAUGGACUGACGACUAUCCGCGCAUUUGGCUGGGAAACGGCGUACAUGUCUGACAAUAGCCGACGGUUGGAUAUGUCGCAAAUCCCCUCAUACUCCCUUCUUGGGAUCGAGCAAUGGCUACAGUUGGUUCUUGAUCUGAUCAUCGCAGCAGUGGCACUGAUCAAUGUCAGCCUGGUUAUCUUUCAGGGCCAAUCUGGGGGGGGCUCCACGGCUGGCGAGGUUGGAAUCACCAUGAACGUUUUUCUUUCGGUGAACAUCACCCUCCUAGUCACCAUUCACUUUUGGACCAGCUUCGACGCAUCACUCGAGGUUGUCUCGAGGAUUGCGGCUUUUGCGAGAGAAGUCAAGCCGGAGGCUCAACCGGGAGAAGACCACGUACCACCGGAAGAGUGGCCUGCAAGAGGAGGGGUGGAAAUGCAAGAUGUGGUGGCUGGAUAUGGCGGCAGCAGCAACAGCAGCAGCAGUGGUAUCGGAGAUGGGAUUACGACCGCCCUCAACGGGGUCACCUUGACGAUUCCACCGUCUUCCAAAACUGGCAUCCGCGGCCGCACUGGAAGCGGCAAAUCUUCUCUCAUCCUGAGCAUUCUCCGUCUCCUCGACUUCUCAAAGGGGACAAUCUGCAUUGACGGCGUCGACCUGGCCACUCUCCCCCGAGAGACGAUCAGACAUCGGAUCAUCACCAUUCCGCAAGACCCUUUCCUGAUUCCUAGUGGCUCACUCCGCGAGAAUCUGGAUGUAGGCAGUGGAACUGUUUCCGAUGAGGAGAUGCUGCAAGUGUUGCAUAAGGUGCAUCUUGCGUCUGUUCUAGAAAGGAGAGAUGCUUCCCUUCCACUUGACACCAUGAUGAAAGAUCUCCCACUCUCGGCCGGCCAAAUCCAACUCCUCUCCCUCGCCCGCGCCAUCCUUCUUCGACCCUCGCGCGGCAACCUGCUUCUCCUCGAUGAAGCGACAAGCAAUAUCGAUCGGGAGACUGACGCGGUCAUGCAGAGGGUCCUUCGGGAGGAGUUUCGGGGGUAUACGGUUGCAGCGAUUGCGCAUCGGUUGGAGACCAUCGAGGAUGCGGAUAAUGUGCUUGUCAUGGAGGGGGGGAGAGUGCUGCAGGGCAUUUGA